GGCAGCAUCCGCAGAAACCUGCUGUCGGACACCCUGAAAGCAACAAGCUACUGGACCAAACGUCUGCUGCUGCAGUGCCGUCCGCUCUGUACUUUGAGGGGAACAGCGACAAAACGAGGUUAUUUAUCCUCACUAAGGUUGUUCUGAGAACUGAAGAAGGAAGAUGUCUGCAGUUUAUAAAGAUGACCAGGAUGACUGGCUGACAGUGUGUCUCAAGUACCUGCUCUUUGUUUUCAACUUUCUCUUCUGGGUGGGUGGAGCUGCUGUUUUGGGUGUUGGAGUCUGGACACUGGUGGAGAAGAGCGACUACUUGAGUCUGCUGGCCUCCAGCACUUUUGCUGUCUCGGCGUAUAUCCUCAUCCUGGCUGGCGGCCUGGUGGUGGUUACGGGCUUCUUGGGCUGUUGUGCUGUCAUCCGGGAGCAGAGAAGCUGUCUGUCCUUGUAUUUCUUCUGCCUGCUGUUGAUCUUCUUGAUUGAACUGGUGGCUGGAGUACUGGCUUAUGUAUACUACCAGAGGCUGAGUGAGGAGCUGAAGCAGCAUCUCAACCAGACUAUGACAGAGAACUACGCCCAGCCUGGGAAGGAGGCCAUCACAUUAGCUGUUGACAAACUACAACAGGAUUUCAAGUGCUGUGGCAGCAACAACUCCCAUGAUUGGACGGUGAGUGUGUACAUUUCAUCUAAUCAGGCAGAAGGCAGGGUUGUGCCUGACAGCUGCUGUAAGACCAUCACCCCUCGCUGUGGCAAGAGGGACCACCCCUCCAACAUCUACAAGGUGGAGGGUGGAUGCAUCACUAAGCUGGAGCAAUUUCUGGCGGACCACCUGUUGGUUAUUGGUGCUGUGGGAAUAGGAGUAGCCUGUCUCCAGCUGACUGGGGCAGCCUUGACAGCCUGCUUUAUCUAUCUGCUCUAUAAAGAAGAAGAGGACUUCGGUACAUUGUGAUUUAGCUCUAGCGCAUCUUUGUGGUUUAAUCAACUGGAGAGGAAAGAUCUGUGGGAUGGUGUUCACCUGCUGCUUGUACAGAAGGAUCGAGAUGGACCCUUACUGAGCACACCAGGCCCCCACACACCACCUUCAACAGGCAGAUGGAACAAUAACCUACUGAAGCCUAACUUCACCCUGAAUUUUGAAGUCUGAUCUGGUGAUCUAAGCCAAAUGCACAGACAUGCUUCGGGUCACCCACACCGCAGUCAGAAACAAAUUGUACCAUUGAGCAGUAUUGCGCUGAAAAAAAUGUACGUCAAUCCUGGCUUAUACAUCUCUCAUACCUGACUAUGAUCUUGACUGCCUGGAGCAUCAUGUCUGGUUGCAUCAUUGCCUUGGCUUAGAUGCAUGUUUUAGUUUGAGCAAGACUGAAGAAAGGGCAAUCCUUACUGAAAUUGCAUUCUACACAACUAAUGAUGAUGCAAAUUGAUUUAUCAUGUUUUCACUGUGCAAAAUUAUAUGAUAGGGUUUUUUGACCAUUCCCAGUGCUUGAAUAAGCUGAGUGAGAACACUAUGUACACUGGUGUCACUGUUAAUGAUGAUGGGUAACCUGGUUUUAUCUUUUAUAAACACAAUGUGCCUCUUUCACAAUACUGCUGAUAAAUGAUUAUGUAUUAAGUCUGUACCUGAAAUCUGUAAAGGGAGCUGACAAUGCAGCAAAUGAUAUAUAGUUUACUAUCUUUAUAUUUGUAGUUAUGUCUUUAUCACUGACAAUAGCACUAAAUAUUGAACUGUAUGAUAGUUACUAAGAUUAUCAGUGCAGUACUGGUAAUGUGUGUGGCUACGAACAUGAAGACAUUUACAGACCGUUCAAUAAGUAAAAGAAAAAUAGGAAGUCAUUUUUGUUGCCAGAUCCCUGAAUUUAUGACUCCACCUAGUGGUUGUCAUUGGUAAUAUAUUGCACUGUAUGUGAUAUUAUAACUAUAUGCUGCACUUAGUUCUGAUACCAUACUAUGAAACAUUGAAAGCAGCUUAUUAGACAUGUGAUACUAAGAAAUGUAAACAUUUCAGUUGAGAAUUUCAACAUCAACACACUUUACCUUCUAUGAAUCCAAGGUUUAUUUCCAUACUGCUGACCUGCCUGUGAGCCAAAGAAAUCAAAGACUGUGUUUUUACUGCCUAAUCUACCACUUGUCAUUCCUCUUGCCACAACUAUUACAUAGAAAACAAUGACUAGCCUUUUUGCCUCUGUACUACAGAGGUGAAGUCGUGGAUUAGCUGUUGUUGAAUAUAAGGAAUGGUAAUAUGUACUGUCUGGGAAUAGAUGUUUCUGUUUCAGAGAACAAAACGUGAAAUAUCCAUUUGACAUUGUUUUCAUUUUAAUCCCUUUAAAGAAUCUCAUAGUUGCCAUGACUCAGUACUUUGUAAAGGGACCUCCUGGGAUUUGUGUUUGUGUUUUUUUUCCCUGAUUGACUUCCAAGUGAAAGGUGCUAAUGUAUGUAGAUGGCUGAUGAUGAGAUAAUGAUUUAAACUGGAAUGUGCUCUAACUACUGACUGCUAUUCAAAAUAUUGAUUUGAAUCUCACAAAUAAACGUUUGAAUAUUGUUAAUAUUAA